AUGGUUAUCAAAACCCUAAUUCAAAAAUCCCAAUUCAAUGAGCUUAGUCAUGUUCUUUUAUAUCUCCAAAAUGUUGAGAAAUCUGAAACCCCAGAAAGGGUUUUUGUUGAUUUGAUUAGGGUUUAUGGAGAAAAGGGUAUGAUUAAGGAGGCAAUUGAUUUGUUCUUCAGGAUUCCUAAAUUCAGGUGUAUUCCUACUGUACUUUCACUCAAUUCUCUGCUUUUUGUUCUUUGUAGAAAUAAAGAAUGUUUGAGAAUUGUUCCCCAAUUGUUGUUAAAGAGUAGGGUUAUGAAUAUUCGAAUGGAGGGUUCAAGUUUUUCGAUAUUGAUUAAUGCCCUUUGUAGGAUUGGGAAGGUUGAUUUUGCUAUUAAGUUGCUAAAUUACAUGAUUUAUGAUGAGUUUGAUCCUGAUGGGAAAUUGUAUUCCUUGAUUCUGGGAUCAUUGUGUAGGCAAAAGAAUGUAAAUGUGACUAGUCUGGAGGUAAUGGGUGUUUGGGAAGACAUGAAACGAGUCGGGUUUUGCCCCGGUAGAGAUGAUUAUUGCAAUGUGAUCAAGUUCUUGGAGAGACAAGGGAAGGGUACAGAAGCAUUUGAUGUUUUAUGUGAGAUGAAAAGGGAGGGAAUUAAGCCUGAUAUCAUGUCCUAUACAAUGGCUCUCAAUGGUCUUGUUGAAGCAGAAGAGUUUUCUAGAGUAGAAGAGUUGUUUGAUGAAAUUCUUAUUUUCGGUCUAGCUCCUGAUGUGCUUACUUAUAAUGUGUACCUAAAGGGCUUAGGUAAACAGAAGAAAGCCGAGGAUGCGUAUAAGAUGAUUGGCUGCAUGGUGGAACUGGGUUGCCAACCUAAUUUGAAUACUUAUAAUACUGUAUUGGAAGUUUUUUGCAAGGUUGAGAACUUGAGUAGAGCGAGGGAGGUGUGGAGUGAGAUGAAUAAGAAAGGUAUAGAAUUGAAUGAUCAAUCAUAUAAGUUGAUGAUUGAUGCAUUGGUUACUGCGGGUGAAGUUACUGAAGCUUGCAAUAUGCUGGGGCAGAUGCUUUCCAUGAGUUUCCUGCCAAUGCUCUCCACUUAUGACAAGAUUAUAUGUAGUUUGUGUCACGAGGGACUUAUACCAGAGGCGUUGCAUACUCUUGAUAUAGUGUCUGACCACGGUGUUUUACCAGGUUCUAUGUCAUGGGAAGCACUUCUUCUUGGUUUAAAAAUUAACCAUGAUCUUGUAGGAGAUGUGUUUCCCAGUUUGAUAAACUUGCAUAAAAUUGAAGGGUAG